AUGGAUCAAAAUUCUAAUUACCUAAAAAUUUGGGGAUUACCAGAAGGAAUUACUGAGCAUGAUGUUCUAUAGAAGAUUAAAGUGAUUGGAAAAGUCAUCAAAAAUAAGUAAUUAAAUAAUGUAUGGUAUAUUGUGUUUGAGGAUGAGGUGGAUAAUGAUAGUGUAUAAUAAUAUAUUUAUUUUAUAGGUUGAGUUUUUAUAAAGCAGUUAUCCAUAAUUGUAAUAUAUAAUUGGUACAGAAAUGACACCUUAAGACAUUUAGAAAUUUGCAUCUAUAUUUCCUAAAAUGGAUGAUGAAGAAGUAUAAAGAAAGAAACUUGAAUAAGAAAAGCUUUAAGAAAUAGCUAAAAAGUAGUAAGAAGAUUAAAGAUAGAAAAUGCUACAAUAACAAUAAGAAUUUUUAAAAUAAUAAUAAGAGGAAUAAAGAAAAAAAUAAAUAAAGGAAAGAGAGGAAGCUUUAAAAAGAGAGGAGGAAUUGAAGUAGAAAUUAUUAUCUGAAGCUAAAUAAUAAAUGGAUUAUUAAUAAAGAUUUGUAAAUAUUAUAUAUAUAUAUUUCUUAGUAAUAGUAAAAAGAAUAAGAAGAUAAACAAUAAAAAUAAUAAUAAUAUGAAUAAAUCUAAUAUUAAUUGGAAGAAUAAAAAAGAUUAGAACUAUUAAGAGUUUAAUAAUCUUAAUCAAAUUCAUAAUUGUACAAUUAAUAAACUUUAGAUUUAUAAAAAGAAAAACUUAAAGAAGAAUUAGCUUUAGAUUUCGCUAAAUCUUAAUUUUAAUAAAAAUAAUUAUCUGAAUAAAAAGAUUAGGAAUUUAAUUAGAAAAUCUAAAAUUUGAAGAAUAAACUUACAGAAACUGAAUAUCAAUUAUAAUAAUUAAAAGAUAAGUAUAAUAAUUAAUAAGAGAAUUUAUAAAAGCAAUAAAAAGAAAUUUAAGAUUUAUAAACAUCAUUAAACUAUGUAACAUAAUAAAGAGACAAUGUAAUUGCAAAAUUCAAAGAAUAACAAUCAAAUUAAGGUAGCAGCAAUAUUACUUAAGAAGAUGUGGUUUUCUUAGAAUAAUAACAAUAAUAAUAGGAACCAUCAUCAAUCUAGAAUAUGUUGUUUAAAUUUGAAUUUUGGGUCUUUUUAAUAGGGGUUUGGAUCUUAAGUUAAGUAAUUAAUUUCUUCACCUGAUC